GCGGCGGUUUUUUUGAUGUUUCGAACGGGCCUCCCGUCUCCAAAUUCGCCGCAGGAGGUGCGACAGCAGGCCGAUGUCGGCCCGAGGAAGCGAAAGUUAGCCGAGGCAGAGGCAGGCGAGUUCGAGCCCCAGCCCGAAGCCCAGCUCCAGCACCUUCCCUUCGCCAGGCCCGCCGCCUCGUCCGCCGCCGCCGCCGCCCACCACCACCACCACCUCCACCACCACCACGUCCCCCACAAGAAAGUCAAGUUCGACGACGACUCGCUGGACUUUAUCGGACUCGAUGCGAUGGCCGAGGAGGCGGCCCAGAGGAAAAGCGGCUGCUCCGUCCUGACGGGCGUGCACGCCAACGGGCUGACCAAAUCCUCCACGUUCGCCAACAGUAAACCGGGGACGGCCAAAAAACUAGUCAUAAAAAAUUUUGCAGAUAAACCUAAAUUGCCUGAUAAUUACACCAACGAGACUUGGCAGAAACUGAAAGAAGCGGUGGAAGCAAUUCAGAACAGUACUUCAAUCAAAUAUAAUUUGGAGGAGCUUUAUCAGGCUGUUGAGAAUCUCUGCUCCUACAAAGUAUCAGCAAAUUUAUACAAGCAGUUGAGGCAGGUCUGUGAGGAUCACAUCAAAGCUCAAAUUCACCAAUUCAGAGAGGAUUCCUUAGAUAGUGUCCUGUUUCUAAAGAAGAUAGAUAAAUGCUGGCAGGAUCACUGCAGACAAAUGAUCAUGAUUAGGAGUAUCUUCUUGUUUCUGGAUAGAACUUAUGUUCUGCAGAAUUCAAUGCUUCCAUCCAUUUGGGAUAUGGGUUUGGAAUUAUUCAGAUGCCACGUAAUAAGUGAUCGGAAGGUUCAAAAUAAGACUAUUGAUGGUAUUCUUCUGUUAAUUGAGAGGGAGCGAAAUGGUGAAGCUAUUGAUCGGAGUUUACUUCGAAGUCUAUUAAGUAUGCUCUCAGAUUUGCAGAUAUAUCAAGAUUCAUUUGAACAAAGGUUUUUGGAGGAGACCAAUCGUCUGUAUGCUGCAGAAGGUCAACGACUAAUGCAGGAACGAGAGGUUCCAGAGUAUUUGCACCAUGUUAAUAAACGUUUAGAGGAAGAAGCAGACCGUGUUAUCACUUACUUAGAUCAAAGCACGCAGAAACCUCUAAUAGCUACUGUGGAAAAACAACUCUUAGGUGAACAUUUACCAGCCAUUCUCCAAAAAGGUUUAAAUAGCCUUUUGGAUGAAAACCGGAUACAGGACCUUUGUCUUCUCUACCAACUUUUUAGUAGGGUUCGAGGUGGGGUACAAGUUCUUUUGCAACACUGGAUUGAAUAUAUAAAGACCUUUGGAAGUACAAUAGUAAUUAAUCCAGAAAAAGAUAAAACAAUGGUUCAAGAACUGUUGGAUUUCAAGGAUAAAGUGGAUCAUGUAGUCGAUGUCUGCUUCCUGAAGAAUGAAAAAUUUGUCAAUGCAAUGAAGGAAGCUUUUGAAACCUUCAUAAACAAACGACCGAACAAACCAGCUGAAUUGAUAGCCAAAUAUGUGGACUCCAAACUUCGAGCCGGAAACAAAGAGGCUACCGAUGAAGAACUUGAAAAGAUGCUGGACAAAAUUAUGAUAAUAUUUAGAUUCAUUUAUGGAAAAGACGUGUUUGAGGCCUUUUACAAGAAAGACUUGGCAAAGAGACUGCUGGUAGGAAAGAGUGCGUCGGUGGAUGCAGAAAAAUCUAUGCUUUCCAAACUGAAACAUGAAUGUGGAGCUGCAUUCACCAGCAAACUGGAAGGAAUGUUCAGAGACAUGGAGCUUUCAAAAGAUAUUAUGAUCCAUUUUAAACAGUACACACAGAAUCAAAACAUCCCAGGCAACCUUGAGCUGACUGUGAACAUACUUACAAUGGGCUACUGGCCUACUUAUGUACCUAUGGAGGUCCAUUUACCCCUGGAGAUGGUGAAACUUCAGGAAGUGUUCAAGGAUUUUUAUCUGGGUAAGCACAGUGGUAGAAAGCUGCAGUGGCAGUCAACGUUGGGGCAUUGUGUGCUGAAAGCAGAAUUUAAAGAGGGUAAGAAAGAGCUCCAGGUGUCACUUUUCCAAACUCUGGUAUUACUCAUGUUUAACGAAGGGGAGGAGUUCAGCUUGGAAGAAAUAAAAGCUGCAACUGGAAUAGAGGACGGAGAGUUGAGAAGAACUUUGCAAUCUUUGGCUUGUGGCAAAGCUCGUGUAUUAGCCAAGACUCCAAAAAGCAAAGAUGUCGAAGACUGUGAUAAGUUCACCUGCAAUGAUGAUUUCAAGCACAAGUUGUUCAGGAUCAAGAUUAAUCAGAUCCAGAUGAAAGAAACGGUGGAAGAACAGGCCAGUACCACUGAGAGAGUAUUCCAAGACAGGCAGUAUCAGAUUGAUGCUGCCAUUGUUCGAAUCAUGAAAAUGAGAAAAACUCUGAGCCACAACCUUCUUGUAUCAGAAGUGUACAAUCAGCUGAAGUUUCCAGUCAAGCCCGCUGAUCUGAAGAAAAGAAUAGAAUCUUUAAUUGACAGGGACUACAUGGAGAGAGACAAAGAAAAUACCAACCAGUACAACUAUGUGGCAUAGAACUAGAGGAAGAAACGCUUCACUUAUUACUACCACGUUGAUCCCAGGAAAUGAGUUUUUCCGCCUGUAUUGCCCAGAAAUGUAUGGAGAGUGGCGAUGCUGAAAUGACUGGGUGAGAACCUCUCUGAAGGCAAACUGGUCCAUCUGGAGCUUUGAGAAUCUCUGAGAAUAUUGAUGGACUUCCACACGUUUCUGAGGUAGCAAUGGACAACCAAAACAGUGUAGCCUCUCCUUUAAACUAACUUUUGAUUUUUAAAACUAUAUAAUUGCGAGGAACAGACACCACGCAGAACUGCACCUCAUCGUUUUUACCUUGAUGAUAGCCACAUCAUCACUGAACAAUUUUAUUUGAGUUGCGUCCGUCUUAUUUUGGAUUUUGUUUAUUUCCUCAUCCUUUUGUAAACUAGCACGAGAAGUCGGCAGGCGUUUUGGCACCAUUUGUCAUCCCACAUCUUGUUGUUCUUCACAUUUGAAACAGCUGCAAGGCAAGACAGAAUUGCUCACUGUUUCUGAAAUUUUGUUUUAACAUUGAUUUUAGUAUUGUGAAGAGUAAUGGUAUUGACUCUUAGUUGCAAACAUUAUCUUUUGUUUUAAUUCGCAAAUGUGGAUUCUGUUCGAAUUUUGCCAGCCUUUCUUGACAACUAAAGGAGGUGCCAAAGUGGAAUGUGGAUAUAAAAUAUUGUGUGUAA